UCCAUCCGUCUUCUAGAACCGUCAUCUGAGUUGUGCCUCCGGCUCGCUUUUCCCUUCCGCUUUCGUCUUCCCUCGUAUACCCUCCGCUCUCGCGCGCUGCAAUGGCUUCCGGCGGCGCUGCAACGAACAACAACAACAAUAGCGUCGUGGUCGCGGCUGCCACUGCCGCUGCAACACCGACGGUGGCGGUGGAGUGGCACCUGAGGCCUCCCAACCCGAAGAACCCCAUCGUCUUCUUCGACGUCACAAUCGGGUCCAUCCCCGCCGGCCGCAUCAAGAUGGAGCUCUUCGCCGACAUCGUCCCCAAGACCGCUGAAAACUUUAGGCAGUUCUGCACUGGAGAAUACAGAAAGGCGAACUUACCAAUUGGUUACAAGGGAUGCCAGUUCCAUCGCAUAAUUAAGGACUUCAUGAUUCAGGCAGGUGAUUUUCUGAAGGGUGAUGGAAGUGGAUGUGUAAGUAUCUAUGGGAGCAAGUUUGAGGAUGAAAAUUUUAUAGCAAAGCAUACUGGUCCUGGCCUACUAUCUAUGGCAAAUAGUGGAGCAAACACUAAUGGUUGUCAGUUCUUUAUUACAUGUGCAAAAUGUGAUUGGCUAGACAAUAAGCAUGUAGUCUUCGGGAGGGUUCUGGGAGAAGGUCUCUUGGUUGUUAGGAAGAUCGAGAAUGUUGCUACUGGACCAAACAAUCGGCCAAAGCUCGCGUGCCUAAUAUCUGAAUGUGGAGAGAUGUAGAAUGUAUGUACCACAGAAACUGGUAAUUAACAUGUCCUCAGUGUAUUGAAAUUUGUCUUCCAUUUAUCCGAAACUUGUAGAGAUCCGGUGUUGAGAAUGUCAGGUUGGUGUAUCUCACUACCGACAGGAGAAAUAUUUAAUUUUUCGCAAUGGCACCAACCAACCUACAGCAGCCAAGUAUCAUGAACUUAGCCUGUAUGCUAUUUUGCUUCUGUGUAGCUUCUACC